AUGCCCCUCUGGCAAAUAUACCAUCCCGAGGGUACGUUCCCCGACAAUGAAUCCAAGCAAGCCUUUGCACAAGAUAUCACGAAGAUGUACACCGAAGACGUCGGCCUCCCGGCCUUCUACGUGGUAACCCAGUUCCACAAGAUGGAUACCGCGGAUGUGUUUGUUGGCGGAAAAACAAACGGCGCUUCUGACAAACCGUUCGUCCGUGUGGUCAUCAACCACGUCGCGGUCCAUGUCCCCGACGAAAAUGCGGCGUACCUCCGCACUACUUCCCGUCUGGAUCAGGUUGUCAAACCCCAUCUGUUGGACAAGGGGUAUGAUUUUGAGUACCAUGUUGGUCAAACGGAGAGACGGCUGUGGAAGAUUAAUAGUUUGAUCCCGCCCCCGUUUAAGAGUGCUGAGGAGCGGGUUUGGAUUGAGGAGAAUAGGGCGUUGCUUUAUGAGGGUGCUUAUCCACCUAAGUGA